AUGUUGAAAAUUCUUAUUCUGCUAUCUCUUUGUUUAUUCACUUUGGCAUAGUGGCAACUCGUUAGUGAAGAUUUGAUGGGUUUUUCGGUUUCCUCUUCGUAAUGGAGUUUUAAAAAUACGUGUGAUUGGAAUGGUGGUUCAAUGGGUGGAGGUGGAUCAGUUGAUAAUUGUUCUAGAAAUCACAUUUAUUACAUUUUAGUUGGGACUUAUAGAAUUAGAGCAUUUUACUCUGCUUAAAAUUUACCUCCUCAUUAUUAAGUCAAAGUUAUAGUGGAUGGUUAUUUUUUAGACUCCUCUAAUAGUAGGCUUUAUUAUAUAGAUUACGAAGUAUAAGGAUCAACAUAAAUAUAUGAAUUAGAAUACAGAGAUAAUAUAUUAUAAUCAUAUUAAGUUGUUUGUAAUACAGGUUGGGAUGAUUUCGAAAUACAAACAUUCAUAAUGACUUUUAAUCAUAAUGAUAACAAUGAAAUUAAGUUUAGAAUUUGUGCAGAUAACUACAGCAGCGAUAGAAAUUAUGGUACAAGAAGUUUAUAAAUAUAUGUUAAUAAAUGUCAUUGGUCCUGCUUGAAAUGUAAUUCUGAUGGUCCUGGAAGUUGUUUAGCUUGCUUUACAAAUCCAUCAGCAACUUUAGGAUCAGCUACUUCUUGUGGGAUUUGUCCGGAUAACUAUUAAUUUAUUGAAUAUAUAUAUGAUGUUAAAAGUUGUGUCACUGAAUGUCAUUAUUAUCGAGUUCCAGAUUCCAAUAAAGUUUGUUAAUUUAAUGAAAGUAAGUUAUUAAUCUAUAUUAGAUAUGCUUCCAUAUACAACAUAUUUUGACACUGCAACCUUUACUUCUACAUCUCCUUGGGUAUUCGUUCCUGAUCCAAUUAAUUUUAAUUUACUUUUUUCCCAAAAGAUAAGCACAAUAGAUUGUUAAUCCAGCAAGAAUUUUGUUGGACCCUUCUAAUAUAAUGAAGGAUUUAGUGUAACUUUGUCUAUCCCUUAUAACAUUUCGUAUAUAAGAUUUAGAGCAACAAUAAUAAAAUUUAACAAUUGGGUUGAUUAUUCAGCAGUACAUGUUUUAUUAGAUAAUGUGGAAUUUGCAUCAGUUUAUACUUUAUCUUAGGUUCUUACAGGCAGAAAUGCUGAUAAAUUAUAUUCAGAUUCAAAUUGUACAAGUCCUAAUGUUGCAUAUUAUAGAUUAGAGGCUAAAUUAAAAUCAAAUAUUACUAAUCCUAUACUAACCUUAUAAGGAUCAAUGGAGUAUAUAUUAGUUAAUAAUUAAAGCUCAUUUGGUUCAUAAUCCUGGGGUUUUCGAGAUAUUGUAAUGGAUAUUAUGAAAUGUCAAUAAUCUUGUAACUGGUGUGA